AUGUCGACUCUCGAAAAUACUUUUCAGCCGCCAAAGGCAAGCCAGAGCCAAGACAAGCCUGGCUUGGAACAAAGUAUGGCACCGCCUAGCGAGGUCACAAAGCUCGACGGGAGCAACGGACCAGUCGAAUAUGUCGGCGCCAAUAAGCUGAAGAACAAAAAGGUUCUGAUCACGGGUGGAGAUUCUGGAAUCGGUCGAUCAGUAGCGGUGCUGAUGGCAAGAGAGGGAGCCGACAUCACAAUUGUCUACCUUCCACAAGAACAAAUUGACGCAGAAAAUACAAAGAAAAUGGUUGAAUCAGAGAAGAGAAAGUGUCAUCUUAUCUCUGGCGAUCUCCGACAAUAUGACUUUUGCCAGCAAGCAGUUCAAGAACACCUGGAGAAGCACGGAGCUCUUAACGUGCUCGUGAACAAUGCUUCGACACAGUAUUCAUGCAGUAAUUUUGCCGAAAUUGAUCUUGACAAGGUCGAAGAUACUUUCCGAUCCAAUAUCCUGCAGAUGAUGGCAAUCACAAAAUACGCACUUCCGCAUAUGUCCAAAGGUGACUCCAUCAUCAACAACACUUCCGUGACUACAUUCCGCGGCACUAGCGGUAUGGUGGAUUACGCAGCGACGAAGGGCGCUAUCGUUGGAUUUACACGAUCCCUUGCUAAACAACUCAUGUCGAAGGGCAUUCGUGUUAACGCGGUCGCUCCUGGAGUUGUCUACACUCCUAUCCAAGCAGAUACACGUGACGCCGAGUCUAUGAAGGAUUUAGGCGCUGGCAAAAUGCUGGGUCGUCCUGGAACAGCCAGUGAAACUGCCACGAGCUUUGUCUUCUUGGCCACACCCGAUUCCUCUUUCUACUAUGGACAAGUUUUGCAUUGCUAUCCGCUAGGUGAUUGA